AUGGCAUCAAUAUCAAUUCAGUUUCAAUUGGAUGAUGAGCAACCCAUAGAAAAGAACUUAUCGAAUCAAUUUACUCUAGACGAAUUUAAGGAAAAGGUUGCCAGUAUUUAUGAAGAUUAUACACCGUAUCGAUAUUCUUUUAUAUGCUGUGGAAAAGAACUUGAUUUGACUAAUGAAGAUGAAUUCAAUAAGUACAAAACAUUGAUUAUUAAUGGGAUAACAAUUUUUACGAUUAAGCAUUCGAGAGCAUGUUUUUUGCCAGAUACACACAUUCAACGUGCUGAUCAAAGUGAAAUAUCCAUUAAGGAUGUUCAAUUAGGUGAUACUUUAUUAGCAUUUACUUCUUUUGGUGAGAUCGUCACUACAGUUGUUGAAGAUAUAUUUAAACAUAAAGUCGAUGAAUAUUUGGAAGUACAAUUAGGACAAAAUCAAGUACAUGUAACACGUGAACAUCCAUUUUUUAUUGGAAAUGGCAAGUUUUGUUCAGUUGACAAACUACGUAUUUCUGACUGUGGUUAUAGUUUGAUUAAUGGUAAUCUUCAAUCAAUAUCAAUUACAAAUAUUAAGACUAUCACUGCACCAGACACAUACGUCUAUAAUUUACGUACUGCACAGCCAAAUACCUACUUUGCUAAUAAAGUUGCUGUUCACAAUAAACUUGGCAAAUUAUUUAUAGACCUCUGCAAUAGCAUCGGCCUUAAGCGAAUCGAAUGGAGUAAAACUGGACCUACUUGGCGUAUUGCACGACCUGGCAUUUGUAUUGAAGGAAUAUGUUCUAACGUAUCUUGCAAAGCGAAAAAUCAACUAGUGGUUAUGAAUAUUGGACUUCGAAAAUUUGAUUUUCUCGGAGAAUUUUCUAGAAUGUCGAGAUGUCCGGAAUGUACUCAGUUCGUUAACCCCGUAACAUGUGCUUUUAACAACUGUGAAUGGCGAUGGGAAGGUAAUAUGCAGAAAUCAGAUGAUACAGAACCCGAGGAUGUUUCAGGAGAUUGGCAACUUGCUGAUAAUGCUUACCAUCGUUUUGAUGAAAAUGUUAGUGGAACAGUAGGGUGGCUAGUAUUGAUCAUUGAAGCAAAAGCAACGGGAAGAUAA